GUCACAGCUCCAGUGGCUCAGUGUCUGUCAGCUGUGGCCCUUUAAACUCAGCGGAAUCUAAAAACAAAACAAGUCUUCCUAACGACCCGUCCUUAGACCGACAUCUCUUCGAACCAUGGCUCAGCUGCAGGCCUGUUCUCCGCCUGACACCCUCCACCAUCGUCUGCCCCUCGGACAGUGAGCUCCCGCAGCCUCGGACCCAGCUAACGUUACGCAGCCGUCAGAAGGCUAAGCUAAUCGGCUAACCCGGGCCGCGUCGCCGUAUGGUCGCAUUGACGCACGUUGCACCGGGGACAGAGCUCCGCAGACAGCGACCAGUGUGGGCCGAACAGCCCCAGUAACGUGCCGGGGACAUGGAGAAAGCAGAAGCGGACCGGCUGAUAGAGAAGGCCAAGCUGUGUCUGCGGUCAGGGCGGAAGGACCGAGCGCUGCAGCUGCUGCACGAAGCCCAGAAUAUUUACCCCAGCACCCGGGCCAGAGUGCUGAUAGAUGCCAUUGUAAGGAAUGGAAGCAGUGCAGCCCCCGAAACAAACCACAUGCCCCCUCCAACAGGCUGGAGGGACGAGGAUAUCCGAAAUGGUGAAGCAAGUGGUGACGAGAAGAAGAGCUACACGGAGGAUCAACGGCAGGGCGUUCUCAGGAUAAAGAAUUGCAAGGAUUUUUAUGAAAUCCUUGGUGUUCCCAAAAAUGCCAGCGAUGAAGAUUUGAAGAAGGCUUACAGGAAGUUGGCCCUCAAGUUUCACCCUGACAAGAACUUCGCCCCGGGAGCCACAGAUGCUUUCAAAGCAAUAGGAAAUGCAUAUGCAGUACUGAGCAAUCCAGAAAAGAGGCAACAGUAUGAUCAGUAUGGAGACCAGUCUGCAGCUUCAAACACACCCCAACAAUCCAGCCACAGUCGCCACGGACACUACCGAAGCUUCAACAGAGACUUUGAGGCCGACAUUUCUCCAGAGGAGCUCUUCAACAUUUUCUUUGGAGGCAGGUUUCCCACAGGAAACAUCCACGUGUACACCAACCAGGGAGCCUCCUACUCUCAGUUCUAUCAGCCUCGUCGUCGACGUGCCUAUGAAAGGCGUGAGGAGGUGGUGGAAGACAACCAGAGUCAGAACACCUUCACAGCGCUCCUGCAGCUUCUCCCCGUGCUUGUGCUAAUCCUCAUAUCAGUGUUUACUCAGAUGAUGGCCAGUACCCCGCCCUACAGUCUCUUCUAUAAGCCGGCCUUGGGGCUGGUGGUGUCCAGGGAAACUCAGCACAUGGGCGUACCCUACUACGUGGAUAAAAGUUUUGAGAAGGAGUACCGCGGAGAGGAGCUGGAUGAACUCGAGAAAACAAUUGAGAGUGACUAUAUUGAACACCUGCAGAACAGCUGCUGGAAAGAGAAACAGCAGAAGUCCGACUUGGCAAACCUCGGACAACUUUACCGGGAUGAGCGUUUAAAGCAGAAGGCAGAGUCCAUGAGGCUGGACCACUGUGAGAAGCUGCAUCGACUGGUUGGCCGUCAAAGAGGCAAAUGAGGACUGUUUUGAGAGCAGAGCACGUUUCUUUACAGACUUUACAACCGUGCAUAUUACUGAAGGGUGUAAUUUAUCCAAUCUGGCCACUUUGUAAAGAAAUCUCUGUGGGUACAGUGCAGUCAGUGGGAGAUGAUGCCACUGGAAACAAUGUGCCUUCUCUCCUGUUGGACGGUAGAAAUGAAGAGUUGCAUGUCGGCUGUCUGAUGGUAGCAGCAUUGCGUGCAGACUCACUGUGGCAGUGUGUAUGAUGUGUCAGAGCCUUUAAACUUUCUUAUAGAAAUGGCAUGACACACCGAGUCUCCCUUUGGGGUUCUGAAAGCAGUUGUAUGUUCACACAUACAUGUUUUAUUUGUUUAGGUUUUGUAGUUAUUUAUUUUCUUUAAUGUUUUUGUGUCCUCGCUUUAAUCUUAGGUAUUUAUUUAAUAGUUAACUGAGUGAAUGUUACUACUGAGCAUCUUGUCUCAUGUUAUUUUUUUGUUGGAAGUAACUAAGAACAAUAAUUUAAAUAAUACUGUCGUCUUAAAAGAAAUCGAAGAGCUUCUGUACUGUGACGUGAUAGAGAAGACAAAUCAGAUGUUAGAAAGGAUACUGUGGUUAAUCAGGCAAUUUGACCUCUGGCACUAUAGAAAUAAAAGAGCACACAGCAGAGAAUAAUUUUUCAAAACACAACCACAUAUUUCUGAUUAAUGCAUUCUGCCAAAAAAAGUGAGCUUUCUUCUACAGUAGAGCUUCCUGCUCCUCCCACGACUGCUUCCAUAUGUGUUCGGUUGUUUAGCUACACACACACACCUACACACACACACACACACACACACAGUCAUGCGCACAGUUCCCUCUGGUGCACCUUUGAUGUAACUGGGGCUUAAUUGUCAUGCAAUACCUUCUUUUUAGAAACCAUGCACAAGCUUAAAUUUUGUGCCAGGAAAAAAA